AGCAACCUGCAGCCAAAUAUAUUCUCACGAGUUGAUCACUUGUAUACAUCGCCAUGGCACAGCGGGGACGGCAAAGGACCAAUCCAGAUGUUUCUGCGACAUAUUCAACGGCGGUGUCGACGCUUCUCUUCGCGCCAGUGGACGACGACGACAACGAUACCAUGAGCUCGCUCUCCCUUCAUGAUGAUUCCCAUUCGACAGCGCUGCGGCUUAGUAGCACCACUGGCAGUACCCAUUCACCAUAUAUACACCCAGCUCAUCAGGCAACGGCCUCAACGUCCACGUUUAACGUUGGUGGACAACCAACAACUGUUGUUUCUGCCGUGAACACCCCAACGGCGGGCUCUACAUCAACUAGUACACCAACCCCGACAAUGCCUGGUACUCCUCGCACCACCUCCUCUCGAAAACCUUCCUCUUUACGCCACUCAUCCACUGCGGUUCCCGCUGAAUCCAUCACCUCCUCCAUCAAACGGCGUGCCUCCUCUCCGUCUGCCAAGGAAGGUAAAUACCCUCCAAAAAACCCACAGCAUGUUCGCGCUACCCCACGUCUGCCGCACUCCGACGAUCCCCCUGCACCUGCAACCGCACCGUACUGGUCACGAGCUCCAAUUCAUGGCAUGCUUCCCAUGCGUGCGUUCAGGGCUCAUACGGUCACGCUUGUAGACCAUGUUGCAUGGUUGUUCGGAGGAUGUGAUGAUAAGGGCUGUUGGAAGGAUGUGUACUGUUUUGAUACCGACACAAUGCACUGGUCACAUCCUGACACCCUUGGUGACGUACCACCACCCUGCCGCGCCCAUACUGCUACUCUCGUCGACCGUAAAAUUGUGGUUUUCGGUGGGGGCCAAGGCCCAGUGUACUACGACAGCACGUAUAUAUUUGACACUACUACGCGUUCCUGGUUCUGUCCCUUAUUUCCUCACUCCCAAUCCCCGUCGCAGAAUGCUGAAUCGGGCCAUGAGUUGCAAUCGCAGAAUCCUCCGGAUAGGCCUCUCCACCCAGCACCGCGUCGUGCCCACACCGCCGUCCUCUACAAUGGUAAAAUCUACGUCUUUGGGGGAGGAAACGGCCUCACAGCCCUCAAUGAUUUAUGGACGCUUGAUGUCUCUCGACUAGAUCCCACCUCACAAUCUACGUACUCGUACGGGGGUGGUUCAUUUGGCGGUUCAGGCGCAAGCGGUGGGCUUCGCUGGUCCCUCGUCGAAACACAGGGUGAGCCCCCAGUACCGAGAGGAUACCACACUGCCAAUUUGGUAGGGAAUGUGAUGAUUGUGGUCGGAGGGAGCGAUGGUAGAGAAUGUUUUUCAGAUGUAUGGUGUUUACAUCUUGACACUCUCGUUUGGACCCGUCUUAAUCUCCCCCUCUCUCACCGACGGCUUUCGCAUACCUCUACGCAAGUUGGAAGCUGCCUCUUCAUCGUGGGCGGACAUGAUGGCGGGGCGUAUAGAGACGAAAUUGUUUUGUUUAACCUUGUGAACCUCCAAUACGAACCACGAACGGUGAAAGGUAAACCCCCUUCCGCGCGCGGAUACCACGCGACGAUCCUUGCAGAUAGCAGAUUGUUCGUCUUUGGAGGGUUCAAUGGUCACGACGUUUUCGACGAUGUUCAUGUCCUUGAUCUUGCAGGCGCUGCAUAUUUACCACAGGUGAUGAGCUUCCGGAUUGAUGUGUGAGCAUCAUACCUCAUCGAUUGGAUGAUAUUUCCCUUCGGUCGUGUUGACCCGAGUGCUCACUAAAGGUCGGCGAGCACUUUCGCUUGCACUUGCUUUAUUGUUGUGGUCGUUCGCUGAAGUAGAGGCUCUCCUUUCACAAGCACGGUGCUAUUGAUCUUUCAAAGCCAUUGAAGUCCUCUUUUCUUACUCAUACAGCAUUAUUCGUUCCUUUGAGGACCUUUCUCAUUUCGUCGCUCCGCUUUCUCACUCACCAUUAUUAACCGACAUCCUUGCACGUCUUUGCUACCUUGCAAUCCCCAACUUCCAAGUUACCAUUUACCAAUUCAUAGAGUACAUAUACCAUCAUUUGCAAUUUGAUUUUGAUUCUUGUUUUCUUCUGAUUCUAGCUACUGGCCUCCUUGAGUAUUAGAAACGUGAUGGGUCAACCACGCGAAGGGGCGCGACGGACGAGAGUGCAAAGUUGUUUGGAAAUUAAACCACCGUACUUGAUUUUUGCA